GCUGGAAUGAAACCCUGUGCACAUGGAGCAUUAGCUCACCCUGCUCAGAGCACCUAGUCCAUUUUCCCCUGCUUUUGCAGCUUCUUGCUUUCCCCAAGCAUCCCUAUUAGCUCAGGGUGAGACCCUCGUCUGCUUUAAGUUACCAGCAACCCAUUGAAUUAGGUGGGCGAGGGUUCGGCUCCAAGACGUUUGGGACUCAGCCAGCUUCCCUUCCCGGCUUCCAGUACCUCCGUCUGCAGAAGCCCGGCACAUUGCAAGCAAGAGGAUUCCCAGAGCCAUCUAACAUCGGUGCCCGUAACUUGGCAUUCAGCUUCUGAGAAGGCUUUUCCAGAAACUGUUUACCUCCUGUUUGAGGCCAGGCAGCCAGCCCACCAGAAAGGGGAACUUCGGUGCCCCGGUCUGUGCCGGAGUGGAGCAUUUCACGGAAACAGAGUUGAGCCGUUUCUCCAGUGGACAGGCUCCAUUUGCCUUCCUGUUUUAGCCCUGCCAGGGCCGCGUCUCAGGCUGUUUGCUUUCCCUCCGGACUCGCUUUUAUCCUUGCUGUCUACAGAAGUGUACAGCUGAAAACAUCCAUUUCCUGCAGCAUCCAAUUCCCACCAGUCAAUAAGAGACAAGGGUUCAGCCCAGCUUCAGCUCUGGGCCUGAAGCAGGCCUGGAGUCACCAAACAGCUAAGAAUAGCCUGGUAGUGCCGGGUGAAACGUCUGCAUGGGUUUGUGUUGUGUUUUUUUUCUCCCAAUGUGCUGAUCUAAUAAGGAUGAGGCAAGUUUGCAGCUCUGGCCACAGUUGUGUGUGGGUUGCGUUUUUCCCCUUUUCCUUUCUUUCCCUCCGCCCCAUCCUACAAUACAACAUCUGAAACAGAAAGAUAAGAGCAGCCUGGCUGGGGCUCCAGCUGCAUUCACACACCCCAGACCGCGCUCCCUUGGCGCUCUGGGUUUAUCUGGACUCGUCACCCCUGUUCGGCAACGAAACUUAAAUUACCAUGAGGCGGAAGAGAGCAGUGCAGCUGGAUGGAAAGUGGAAGGUACGAGGGAAAGGCUGAGCAGUGCAGACUGAACCCAGGAGCUGCUGGUUCUGCCAGCGCAUGGCACAGUCCCGGGAGGGGCGGCGUGCCCGACACUCAUGGGGACACCGAAGCUGGACAAAGGGGAUGUGAGCACACUCAGCUUGCCUUCCAACGUGAGUCACGGCGAUGCUGACGGCAACUUCUGCUUGGACGUCCCGGAUGGCACCCCGGAUCCACACAGGACGAAGGCAGCCAUUGAGCACUUGCACCAGAAGAUCCUCAAGAUCACGGAGCAGAUCAAGAUCGAGCAGGAGGCGCGAGACGACAACGUGGCUGAGUACCUGAAGCUGGCCAACAAUGCCGACAAGCAGCAGGCCUCCCGCAUCAAGCAGGUCUUUGAGAAGAAGAACCAGAAGUCUGCCCAGACCAUCGCCCAGCUGCACAAGAAGCUCGAACACUACCACAAGAAGCUAAAAGAGAUCGAGCAGAACGGGCCCUCACGGCAGCCCAAGGAUGUCUUCCGGGACAUGCACCAGGGCCUAAAGGACGUAGGAGCCAACGUCCGGUCCAGCAUCAGCGGCUUUGGGGGUGGGGUGGUGGAAGGCGUCAAGGGCGGUCUCUCCGGUUUGUCCCAGGCCACCCACACCGCCGUGGUCUCCAAGCCCCGGGAGUUCGCCAGCCUGAUCCGGAACAAGUUCGGCAGUGCGGACAACAUUGCCCACCUGAAGGACACGCUGGAUGACGGGCACCCCGAGGAGGCCUCGAGGACCCUGAGUGGCAGUGCCACCCUGGUGUCCAGCCCAAAGUACGGCAGUGACGACGAGUGCUCCAGUGCCACCUCGGGGUCGGCGGGGGGCAGCAACUCGGGGGCCGGGCCUGGCGGACUGGGCAGCCCCAAGUCCAACACCCUUGACAGCCACCACAACAACUUUGACACCAUCCUGGAGGAGCUCCGGGAGAUUAAGGACAGUCAAUCGCACCUGGAGGACUCAAUGGAGGACCUCAAGGCACAGCUGCAGAGGGACUACACCUACAUGACGCAGUGCUUGCAAGAGGAGCGGUACAGGUACGAGCGCCUGGAGGAGCAGCUGAACGACCUGACAGAGCUCCACCAGAAUGAGAUGACCAACCUGAAGCAGGAGCUGGCCAGUAUGGAGGAGAAAGUGGCUUAUCAAUCCUAUGAAAGGGCCCGGGACAUCCAGGAAGCGGUGGAGUCCUGCCUCACCCGUGUCACUAAGCUGGAGCUCCAGCAGCAGCAGCAGCAGGUGGUGCAGCUGGAAGGGGUGGAGAACGCCAAUGCCCGGGCCCUCCUGGGCAAGUUCAUCAACGUCAUCCUGGCCCUCAUGGCCGUGCUGCUCGUCUUCGUCUCCACCAUCGCCAACUUCAUCACACCCCUCAUGAAGACCCGCAUGCGCAUCCUCUGCACGGCCCUGCUGGUUCUCUUCCUCUUCUUCCUCUGGAAGCACUGGGACUCCAUCACCUACUUCCUGGAGCACGUGUUGCUCCCCAGCUGAUUCCCCGGGCCGCUGCCGGUGCCCCUGGGGCACUCCAAUUCUUCCUGAGAAGGUGGGGGCAGGAGCAGAAACCUGGAGCCUUCCAUUUAAUUCCUUCAUGUGUUUGGUACAGCUGUUUUCUCAACCCCCAGCACCCAUCUGUUCACUUCCAGCCUCCUCAGUGUCACCAGGAGCAUGGGAAGUUAGAGCCGGGAUUGCUCGCUCCUUCUGGAUGCCCUGGGAGGGAAGACGGGCAAAAGCAUAAGAGUUUGGAAGAAGCCUUUAACUUACAUGUUCUUGAGUUUGUUUGAGGGUUUUUUUAAAUUAUUGUUAUUUAAAGUAAUUCUAUUAUUCUAAAAGUCUGCAGGAAUGAGGUUUUCUUUAUGCCCCGAAGGAAGAUGGUUCUGUAUCCACUGGGGUUUGCAAUCAAACCCAGCUUCUGGGGAACUUGGAGAGGGAGAGAGAGAGAGAGAGAGGUUUGUUUGUUUUUUUCCUUAAAGACAGGGACAGCAAAAAAAUUAUUCCUGGGAUGCAAUAAUAAAAGAGAAAACAACCACCAGAGAAAGGAAGAACCGGAGCUCAAGUGAAGACCGUGGCUGUUUCUGCUCCCCGGAGAGCUGGCCACCGGGACGGAGCAGAAUGUAUGCAUCACACCAGCUUAUCCAAACCACACGUACGUUUACUCCCAUGGUUACUGAACAGCUAACAGGCCGAGUGCAGAAUUGGGCAGGGGGGUAUUUAUUGGCACAAGGCUGUGUUAGCUGGCCAUUGGCUUGUGUCCAGCGGGCACAGGAUACCCGGUGCGGUUCCGGUCAGAAAGUGAGAACAGUUGUGGCACAAGUGAAACCCACUUGGCUGGCUUUCGUUUUCUUCUUCUACGGCUUUCAUUCGAUUCGAUCUCUUCAGGGACACACGGACUUUCUGACAUUGCGCCUGCGGACUUUACAAUCUACGCAAAGUAUUGUGUGUGCGUGUGCGUGGGUUUUUUUUAAGUUAUUUAUUUCGAGAUUCUGUUUCCGUUUGUGAAUCAGGCGUUGGAGGAAAACACAGCUGCCUUCACAGCCUCCAUAGCUCUCAAAAAGACAGAGCAUGUUGUCUCCAAAGUUUCUUAAAUGGGUUCACAUAUAUAUAUAUGGGUGUGUGUGUAUCUAUAUCUACAUAUCUAUAUAUCUCUCUCUCUCUCUAUAGAGAGAGAGAGAGAUAUAGAUAUAUGUGUGUGCUUAUUUAAUUUAUAUAAAUGACCAGAUCCUCUUCUAGUGCAAAGGGGUAUAGCUCCAUUGAAUCUGUGGAGUGGUAUCCGUUUCCACAAGCAGACAUUUGGCCCUUUCUAUUUUUGAAACGUGAACCUUUUGGCGAUCCUGGUGGCACAUGGUAAAGGUCCAGGGAUUUGUUACAAGACCUUGAAUAUAGUCCUGGGCCCUGGGAAGGAAGCAGUCUCCUGAGACAAGGAGUCAGUCAGCCCCCUCUGGGAAAGGGGAAGUGCUUGUGCUGUCCUUCCUUUAUCUUCAACACGUGGUAGUUCACAAGGGCUAAUCGAUCCUGUCUUCUGGAUUUACAGCUGAACAUUGGGGCUGUGCUGUGUACUCUCCACCCCCCGACGUAAUGCCAUUAGCUUCAGGCAUGUCUCCACAUCCUCAUAUUGCAGCACUUUGCAAGCUACUGCUCCCACCGGCAAAGAUACGGGGAUCCCACGUGGAGGAUGUCGAUAGUUAUUCAAGGCACGGUGCAAGGGACAGGCAGGAAUCGUGGCUGGUCAAGGACAUACCGCACGGUUGCCUUGCACUGAGGGGGGUGCUCUCAUGGGAUGCAGUGGCUGACCAGGCCCCAGGGUCUCCUUAGCAGACAUUGCACUCCCCUCUGGAAAUGGUCACACCUCCUUUCACCUCUUCCUGUGCCAAGGAUCUAGGACAAGCUCCAUAUCAAACACGGGCCCCCAUGCUCGGCAUUUCAGCCGCUCAUAUCAGCACCUCCAGCUAAGCGCCAGAAUCCUAAAAUAUCCGUUUGACUUGGGCUCCCGUGGUUGAGAACAGGCUGGAGCAUUUGGGAUUUGCAUCUCAGUUGCACCACAGCGUGUUUGGGCUUUAAUGUCUGAUGGUGGGACCUGGUCCUCAAAACUAUCUGCCAAGAGGCCUGUCUUGGGAAAGCUGUCCCGUGUUAUGCCAGCUGCCCUCUGAGCCUUCAUGGAGACUGUGCAGGGGGGUGUGAAGAACCCAACUCCCCUUUUGUACAUCUAUUUAUUUUGUAUUUUUGUAAGCAUUUCGCUGGAAUGAACAUUCCCGUUCUCAUUGGGAUCUUAAGGAAACUAGGCUUCUGUGGGGAUAGCAGGCUAACUGGUAUCACAACCGUUUUUUUGCAGUCUAAGACCGGAGGGGCAGAAAUCUGAGUACAACACUAGUCAUUCCAAAUUUUCAUUUCAGGGAAACGUCCCUACCAGGGACACGUUGGUGCAUGCUCUGCUGUAGGCCUGUGCUAAAGUCACUUUGAAGUCCAUGGGGUCUGAGGACAUGCUUAAAGCUAAGCCUGUGGUGGUGUCCUAAAUAGGGGUGAGCAUCUAUGCCUUCAUGCAUUAUGGCCUGAUUCCCUUUCCACCCACUUAAUCGGAGCGUCUCUUGUUUUGUGCCAGUGGCGAGCAGAGUGCGUGACCUGCUGCGUGCAAUGAGCAAGGUUUCCCCCUGUCAAAUCUCCCAUGGAAAAAGCAGAAAGGAUCAGCUCCUUUCUGCUCCUCCGUGCUGGCUGAUUUGUGACCUGCUCCACAUGCAAGUCUCAUUAAUGCGGCAGGGAAGGACUUCCUUUGCUCCUCGGUACUGGUGUCAAUCAGGAGUAGUCCCCUGGGAGUCCCUGGGAUCGCACAGCACCUUGUUGUUGGGAGAUGCUCUUCCCGGUCCCUGCCAGGAUGAGGGCCCCACUGCUCUGGGUGUUGUGUGGGGAGGAGGCAGGCCCUGCCCUGAAGAUGUUAAGCCUCGAUAGAUAGGAAAGGCAAAAAAGUAAGUGGUAUAAGAAGCAGAGGUCAGAGAGGAGAGUGACCUGGCUCGGUCACCAGGAGGUCUGUUGCAGAGCAGGGGGUUCAAGCCAGUCCGUGGCUGCCCUCUGGACCAUGCUGCCCCACGAGCAGCACUCUUUACAGGUACAACCCAAAGCAAGGCAGGACAGCAGUAACAAGGAGCAUUGCUUGCACAGACUGGAGGGCUAGCUCCUGGGCCAGUGCUGCGCUACAUUGCAGAUGCCAAGGUCCCCGGGAGCAAGGAGAAAAAGAGGGGCUUUGUCCCCUCCAUUAAACUUUCACCUCCUCUCAUCAACAGCUCCCUCUAUUUCCCUGCUAUCUCAGGCCCUGUGUCUUGCUCUGACCCAAUACUAUUGCAGCCAGCAUGCUGAGGAAACACAGGGCAGUCCCCUGUACUAUGAGCCACCCUCUUGCUGCCUAAUAGGUGGGAAUCUCCCAUCUCCAUGCAGUUUUCUGCCUUGACUGGCCUUCAUCUUGCCCCCGUCAGAGUCAGGUUAGAGGUUUCAAGGACAGUGCAAUCACCUGGAGCCAGGGGUUUACGGCCCAUCCAGGUGACUGGCUGCUACUAAGCAGUCCUCCCUGCCAACCGAAGGAGGACUCCAUGCCAAAGUCCGAAGCUGCCCUCCUAACCCACUUUGUCAGGAGGAGCAAAGCCCACUGUGUUCACAGCAUGGCUUCUGCGGAACCUUAACUCACAGCCCCAGGUCAGCCUUAGGAGACACAGGAUCAGGGGAGCUUUCCUCGCAUGUGUUUUAAUAGCUGGUUGCUUCAUCAGACAGAUCUGGUUUCAGUCAUGCUGAACACAGGUUAGAUUGCUGCCAGGGGUGCCUCCGAUGUGGCAUCUGUCCUCUGCAGCAUCAGAGGCAGAGUUGGAGCUGGGGGAGAAGUUUCAGGCCCAUGGGGAAAGGCAUUUGGAAGGAGAAAUGUAGCAGGUGUAAGGACUUCAGAGCUGCAGGGGCUGAGUCCCCUGUGUCAUGGAUGUUGUUUCUUCAUUGAUACCCUGGAAGUGUGCACGAUGCAUUGUUCAACCAGAGCAGGAGUGUUUCACACCAGUUGGCACCAGGGUAAGUUGGCACAAGUGCAAGGCAAGGAGAGUGUCUGGCUUAUGCAUUGGAUGGCUGGGGCUAGGGGGGUGUCUCCCCUCACACCACUGUGGUCCUCUGCCUACUCCUGAUUCACACCAGUUUCAAAUAGGACUCAGGUGCUAUAGAGCCCUUGCUGGAGGUACAGGCACUUGCUGAUGCUGGUUCUUCCCAUCCUCGUUUCAGGGACACACUAAGGAUGGGGGAGAUGUGGGUACCGAGACUAGGAGGGUGCU